CAAUAGAUGACAACAGGCUUGUCAUUUCAAAUGUCAAGUUUAUUUAUUUUCAUCAUUUUAAUUAAACAUAAAUUUAAUAGAAUAUGCCCUAAUAGGAAAAGUGCAAAGUUUAUUUUGUGCUAACAUGUUUCUGAAAUAUCACUGCAACCUAUUGAGCUACUAUCACAAUUAACGAAUGCCUACAAUGAAAUUAUUUUUCUCUACUUAACCUCUAAUCGGCAAAUAUUUCUUUAAAUGAAUUAAGUGCAUUAUUCCAUUAUGGAACAAGAAAAAGAACUUCCAUUAGGAGCAACUGCGGGACCAAGUACAGACUCCCAAGAUAGCACAAGACAGAAAGGUAUUGAAGAAAACCCACAACCGCCUAGCCCAAAUGCUUUAAAAGUUGCUGCCACAGAAUGCCUAAAUAACUGGAUAUGUUAUCUACAAAUUUUAAAUAGCCUAUGCACUGCCGGUUUGAGACUGUCUCAGUCUCUUCACAAUCUCUCACAAUUCCAAAAUGUUCUCCUUGCAACUCAAUGUCAAGGAAGUUGGGAAGAAUUUGUGAAAGCUGCUUCGUUUGCCACAAAUACUGUUAAAAAUCACAUAGCAUCAGCAAUGCAAGAUAUGAUUAUUGGAGAAACAUUCACUGAUGAUGAUGCCCAAAGACAACAAGAGCACAAUCAGCAAAUCAUAACAGAAAAUCUUCAUACUUUUAUAAACCUCCAAUAUCAGUUCUCAUUAGCUGGAUGUGAAAUUUUUGGAGUCAUGGCAUCAUGUCCUUCUUGUCACUCAGCACCUGGUAUUCAACAUGUGCCUGAUUGUAGCAUGGCAACACUUCAACACUGCUUUUCUCAAAUAUACGCUCAAGAAACUCGUUCUCAGACAUCAAGUCCACAUAAUACGUCUGCAGAUCGAAAUGUGGGGAUGCUAGACAGCCCUAAGGGUCCAGAAUUAUCAAAAUUUUAUGGAACAGGACCUGAGUUCUCACGUCAACACAGUCCAAUUAAUGCUAAUCCUGAGCCAAGAAGUACUUCUCCUUUUCACGAGACUUUUAGGGGAUCAAGUCCAGAUACCAUUAAAAGUACAAGCCACAUAGAAACCAUAAGAGGACCUUUUCCAAACCCUGGUCACCUCUAUACAAUGAAAUCACCAUUUCCCGGACGUGGUUCUCGUUCUGCACUUCAUUUCCCGUUAUUCCCUUUAAUUGGACAACGGAGAUGGUCAGAAGCUGCUGCUGCUACGUCGGUUGGAGAAAGUGGCGCUGAAGGGGGCGACGGAAGCAUGAGAAGAUGGUCGAUGCCAUGGGAUUGCGGUAGGGUGGAAACGGCACCUUGGCAACAAAGGUAUCUUCCGACAAAAUUAACAGUUCCUGUAGCCGGAACGUCACAGGAAAGGAGUCGUAGUAAUACACCAGAAACGCUUCCAAAUCAGCCCGGUACCUUGCCAGGUGGGGAGGGCUUAGCUGAGGCAAUACAGUUGCUGUCUUGUAGACCUAUGAGGUGUUCAAUUCCCUUUGCUCACACUCCGCAUCCUGGUCCCUAUGGUACAUCUGUAUGGACAGAUACUCACGAGGAUAGAAUGCACAAAAGGGGACAUGGAGGACCUUUACAAAGGGGCAUAUGGCAAUCAAUAGAUGUUCCUCCCAGUUGCUGUGUUCCAAAUACAGAACAUUUCGAUAUUUUUCCGCCAGGGCUUCCUUUAACGUCACGUAAAAGUAGUUCGUCCACAGAUUCGUCUUCCUGUCUUUCUAUUCACAGUAGAUCAACUGCCAGUUCUUCAGACAAGGCAUCGGAAAGUAUUAGCAGUGGUGGAGGUGACGCUGUUCGUUUACACACAAAUUUUUAUUCGAUAUGGAGCGGAAGCGAUCAUCUUCCAUUCAUAAGACUGCCAGAAUCUCAAGAACCCCAGGAGGACAGCGAUACCGAAGACGGCGAAGAGGCAAUGUUCCCAAAACCUACUUAGAUAUUACUGUAUUUUACUUUACAUUAUAGCAAGAAUCAUAAACACAUAUCUACAUAAUCAUCCUAACAUUUAGUUCAAAAUUUUCUGGGAAAUAUGGUACAUAUACCUAUUAAUUAAACAGUUAUAGUCUUACGUAAUUGGUGUGUUAAUAUGAGGAGUUCAUAUUAAAUGUCUGAUAUUACAAAAAUGUCCAGAGGUUGAGAAUUUUCACAUUUAUAUACUUCUGUUAAAAAUUUGUCGUUUGGUGUAGUAGUAGAUACAUUCUUUUUCGUUUAUUUUCUUUUGAGUUUUUGCUACUAGCGCAUUUUAUUUGAAAAUGAAAUGCUUUGAUUGUGAUAAUGUAUUUUUACUAUUAAGUGUUAUGAUAACAACCUAAUAUUGAUUUUGAAGUCACAAAUGUGGGUUCUUUAAGUCACUUAGUUUUAAUAAAAAAAUAUAUUUAUUAAU